CGGGAACGAUGAAUUCAAAGAAAGCUGUCUUUGCAAUUCUUUUUAUAAGUGGAUGGUUCAUCAUUAAUGCCACCACUUCUCUUGUAAAGGCCAGAGAUGACCGAGAGUUGUCAAAGUCAAGAUGUGGGGCACUAUAUCAUCUUUACCAUGAAGUUCAGUCCAUUAAACAAGAAAUCAAAACACUUAAAAAUCGGAGAAAUACUGUGUGUGAAUCGGGCGUGAUUGAAUUAUACCACAGAAGAGGUCAACGCUACACCUGGCCACAGAUUAAACAUAUUGAUUUCAAGAAACCUUUUGAGGAAAAACCUGCGAUAACCUAUGGAAUAUUCACCCUCGAUACUUCGCAUGAGGAAAACACACGAUUUCUUACUAAAUUGGUAAAUAGAACAAAGUCAAACUUUGCGUUAAGGUUGGCCACUUGGGGUAAAUCGGAAACAUACGGUGUGGGGUUAAGCUGGAUGGCAUGUGGAAAAGGAUAAUUUAAACAAUAAGCACCGCUUUCAAUUAAACUAUAAAAACACGCAUUUUUCACUGUACUAAAAGUGAUAAAAUUUAGAACUUCAACAAAAAGCUGUAAUUAUCAAAUUAAACGACAAAGGUAA